AGCAGGGAGGGGCGCGGGACGCCGGCGCCUCCUCGCGCUGUAGCGUCCGCGGCGGCUGGUGCGGGAGCAGCGCCCGACGCGGGAGCGGGCCAGCGUGACGUGCAAGCGAGAAUUUGAGCAGAUCUGACCAGGAUGGCGGAUGAGCGACCAGCUUGGCUUCCAGAUGGAGCAUGGCAAGUUUCUGGAUUACCUUGUAAGCAUGCAAUUGCUUUUAUCACCUCGAUACCUGGAGAGAAGAUAGAAGACCAUGUGGACAACAACUACUCAGUACAGAUGUUCAAAGCUGCCUAUGAUGGUAAAAUUCCUUCUCUACCAGACAAAUCCAUGUGGCCCAAAUCAGAACAUGGUUUCUUCAUGCAUCCUCCAUUGUUGAAGUCAACAACUGGUAGGAGAAAGCAAAAUAGAUACAAGGCAGCAGCAGAGGGUGGCAGCAAAGGAGCCAAGGGAAGCCAUCAGUGUCCAAUCUAUCAACAGUAUGGACAUCGUUGGUGGAAGUGUAAGGAUGGUGACCCAAACGACAUAGCUGCAAUGCUUGCUGAAAGAGGUUCCCCUAAAAAGAAGAAAAAGAAGGUGCCACCAGCUAAUAUUGAGACUAGUAUUGUGCUUGCAGCACCUGCACAAAAGAUGGUCUUCCCUGUUGUACCUAGUGUUGUGGAUCUAUCAAAGAAAAGGAAGAACAAAUCAUCCUCAACAACUGGUGCGAAGAAACAAAAGAGAACUUCAGCUGCUGAGACUAGUGACCCCUCUGUGAGGGGGUCUGCAACAGGUUCAAAUCAGCUAAAUCUUUUGGCGAUUACAUAUCCUUCUGGACCAAGUGAGCAGCACAUGGAUGACAAGCGAACAAGUCAGCAGAAGAAGAAAAGGUCCAUAAAAAAAUAACUCCAAACAAGUCUAGUCCAGCCAUGGCAACUCGCAGCAAGGUCCCUAGUUCUCCUUCUAGUCCGGCCAUGGGAACCAGAAGCAAGAAAAAACUAGAUCUUUGAUGAGUUUGCAUGUGUAUGCCAUGCUUUUGUAGUACUUGAAUCUAUGUUUAGAGUUCAGACUAGUAAUGAGGUCAAUAUGGCCAUCUUUUGUGUGCAAACUUGACAUUUGAUCAAGCUGACUAUGCACGUUGAUGAUGUAUUUGGACCUCUUUUAUGUCUAAUUCUGUUUACUUAAAUACUAAUUGUGGUUG